AUGCGUGCCGUCACGUUCACCCUCUUCAUAUUGGCCCUGCUGCUAGCCGUCGCUGCCGCACGGCCCCUCACUCGCCGCGACCUGCUUUCCAAGGAUGGCUUUAUCUUCGGCAAGGGCGACGUUGUGGCCAAGCCCCCCCUGGUCGUCACCAUCCCGACCAUCACAGUCCCGGCCAUCACCAUUGGCAAGGGCUUCAAGAAGGUGGUCAGCGUCACCGGCCCCUCAGUGACCGUCACCAAGAACCCCGGCGCCUACACAGCGGGCGGUUCAGGCCAGGUCGGCGUCUCUGUUGAUGCUUCUGGCGGUGCCCCGGCGGCCGGAACUAGCGGUGCUUACGGCGGUGCUGCUGUCUCGGGUGGGGCUGCCGGCGGCGGCGCAGGCGCCGCGCCCACAGGUCCGGUGGCUGCUGGGCCUGCGACGGGCGGCGCGACAGGCGUGGGUGGAGCCACCGCCGGCACCGCGGGCACCGGCGUGGGCACUGGUGCCGCAACGUCGGGCGUCACCGGUACCGGCGCUGCAUCCGCCGCCGGCCCUGUGGCGACCGGCGCGGGGGCGCCCGCGGCUGUCAGCUCUACCAACUCGGGCGCUGCGGCCGCCGGCCCGGCAGUUGCCGGCGGUGCUACAGCUGCCGGCCCCGCAACCGCGGGCGCCACGACCGUCGCGCCCACCACCACUUCCGGCACCGCUUCCGGCACCGGGGCCAACACCGCAACCUCAACCGCCGCCGCGCCCGCGGCAAACGGCGCGGUGGCGGCGCCGGGUGCGGCGGCUGCAACCGCGCCCGCAACAGAGGCAGGGGCGGCCGAAUCGUCGGACAUCAAGGCGGCGCCAGCGCAGCCUGUCAUGGGCCCAGGCUUCGUUCCCCUGCCCUCUUCUCCCAAGCCCCAAGCCGACGACAAGAAGGAUGAUACUCCUGUGAAGGGCCCCGAGUUUGUUAAGGCCAACACGGACAUCAAGCUCAACUGA